CUUGAAAGGUGAUAUAUAAAUAUAUAUUGGUAUUUUGUUAUAAACCGACACAAAAUCACAAAUAUAUGUGAAGUAUAAAGAAAACUAUUCAUUGAUAUAUUUCCUUUAAAUAUUUACAAAAAAUAUCAAAAAUUUAUAUAAUUAUUACUCAAGUGGAAGUUUUGAGGAUUAAUUUUAUUGUUGACCAUUUACAGCGCUCUGGGUCAAUCCACCUCUCAAACCUGAAUAUAUAAGAAAGUUAAAGUGAGAUUUGGGCUUUUUUAGGACGACAUCUAUGUGUGCACAAUUAUUGGGUAACUAUUAAUGUGCAGAACUAUUAAUGUUAUGCAACUGUAUUCAAACGGAAAAUUUUCCCAUCUCACCUGUUUAUUGUUGUCCAUUAAAAGUGAGAAUAAUGGGCAUACAACUCUAAAUUGACAAACAUUUCUGACAUUUAAAAAAAAUAACCAAUAUAGCCACCAUUAUUUUCAGACUCCAUGAACUUCCAUUCAUGGAGUCUGUCAGUUUCUUGAUCUGUUGACAAUCAACUAUAUUAUUCUUUCAUCUUUAAGGCCUUUACUGGCUAGCCACAUAGUGAAGUACUUUGAUGCAUAAGGUGAAGCAUUGUCCUGCAUAAAAAUCAUAGUCUUCUUUCCAGACUUUUUCCUGAAAAGAGUGUCUUCUAAAAACUGGCAGCAGGUUUUGGGAGUUAAUUUUGAGUCCAUCUUCAACCCAAAAAGGUCCAACUAGCUCACCUUUUGUAAUACCUGCCCAUACCAGUACCCUGCCUCCACCUUGCUGGUGUCUGAUGCAAAGCAGAGCUCUGGUCCAUCUGGUAAAUCAAGAGUCACUCUCAUGCCAUCAGUCCAUAAAACCUUUGAAAAAUCUGCCUUCAAAUCCGUCUUGGCCCAAUCUUCCUUACCUUGGCCAUGUCUCUGAGCUCUGAACAUCUUUUACUACCAGGCUCUCCAGGUAGGUUGCCGUUCUGGGAUAUGAUAGCACUGGAAGAUAAUGGGUUUUUGGCAGCUUCACGUUUGAUUCUUCUCAAAUCUUUGGCAGUUAAUUUACGUCUUUUUUUCUCAACACGUUCCUUGCGACCGUAUUGACUAUUUGCAGCAAAGCGUUUGAUGAUUCUGUGAUCACACCACAAUAUCUUAGCAAUUCCAAGAGCGCUGCAUCCCUGCGAGUUACAAUUUUGGACUUUCCAGUCACUUAAAUCUCUUUUAUGGCCCAUUUUUCCUGAGAAAAAGAAGCUGCCUAAUAAUUAUGCACACCUUGAUAUGGGGUGUUGAUCUCCUCAGGCCCCGCCUUCCAUCGUUAAACAAACACACAUCAGCUGAUAUGUUUAUUUUCAGUAAGCGUUCAAGUUUAUACAGCUUAAGAGUUUUAAAAUAUGCAUAAAAAUGAAGAUACGGCCCAAACUAAACCUUGCCUGCACGCAGUGUGCAGUAUACAUUUGUAUUUCGCCCCCUUGUCUCAAUAUUUUUGUCGAACUAAGUUAUGCAAGUGUAGAAUUCAAAACACCAAUUAAAACUGAUCUUUUACACAAAGAAAAAGACGCAAUUGUAAAGACAGACGACACUUUUCACAGCAGGGAUAAACUCCUGCUUUCCUUCCGUAAUUUUCAUAGUUCAAUGUUUAUAUACGUCGCCCGGACUGGCGUGGGCGGGGUCCUGACUGCUGUUUUUCUUAGGUAGCCUGUUAAAAUGCCCGAACUCAAAACGCUUCUUUUUCCAAGAUGGCGUCGAUGAAGGACAGCGACACCGGCCUGUGGCUUCACAACAAACUAGGAUCCACGGACGAGCUGUGGACGCCUCCGAGCAUCGCCUCCCUCCUCACCGUGUCAGUAAUCGACAACAUACGGUUGUGUUUUUCGAGCCUGUCGCCGCCGGUGAAGCUCAAACUGCUGCUCGGGAUGCUGCAUCUUCCCAGGCGGACCGUUGACGAGAUGAAGGAGGCUCUGUCUGAGAUAAUCCAGCUGGCCACGGUGGAUUCAGAGCCCUGGGUGCUGAUGGUGGCCGAUAUCCUCAAGUCUUUCCCGGAGACCGGCUCUCUCAACCUGGACUUAGAGGAGCAGAAUCCGAAUGUGCAGGACAUUCUCGGUGAACUCAGGGAGAAAGUGGGCGAGUGCGAGGCGUCCGCCAUGCUCCCCCUGGAAUGCCAGUACCUGAACAAGAACGCGCUGACCACUCUAGUAGGACCGCUCACUCCCCCCGUCAAACAUUUCCAGCUCAAGAGGAAGCCAAAGAGUGCAACGCUGAGAGCAGAACUGCUUCAGAAAUCAACAGAAACGGCGCAGCAGCUGAAGAAGACAGCCGGAGUGCCUUUUCACGCCAAAGGGAGAGGACUGGUCAAAAAGAUUGAUACGACAACUCCUCUCAAAGGAAUUCCCAAGGCCCCGUUCCGCAGCCCCACUGCUCCCAGUUUAUUCAGCCCUCCCAGUAACCGCACACCCAUCGCCUCCCCACGGACUCCUCUACGGAAGGAGAGAGGGGUCAAGCUUUUAGAUAUUUCAGAGUUGGACAUGGUUGGAGCUGGUAGAGAGGCAAAGAGGAGAAGAAAGACUUUAGAACCAGAAGCCGGAGAAAAAGCAGCCAAAGAAGAGUCGGUGGUGGAGAACACCACUCCAGAUUACGCUGCUGGCCUCGUCUCUGCUCAGAAACUUGGGGCGCUAAACGAGAAUCCCCUGCCCUCUACCAGCUACCUGCCGGCUACACCCAGCAUGGUUCCCUCCUCCUCUUACAUUCCCAGCUCUGAGGCGCAGCCAGCCAACGCUGGUGGUUCUGGACGGGACAUGCUGCAGGCAGCUCGCCAGCCAGAGGAGUCCACCACAGCAGCGGCCGGCGCCGGCUCCACCUUACCCAGCCAGUACAAGCAGCGGACGCCCAUGUACAACGCCGGCUCCACGGCCAACCCCGCCACUCCCACGUCCCCCAGCACGCCCACCUCCACGCCAGCCAACAACGGGCCGCCGGCGGCCGCAACCGCCAGCCAGCCGGAGACUCCCACCCAGCCCCCCACCACCCCUCAGACUCCUACACCGACACCAGCACCUACACCAGCACAACCCCAACCCAAAAAGAACCUCUCACUUACGAGAGACCAGAUGUACGCCGCUCAGGAGAUGUUCAAGACCGCAAACAAGGUCACCAGGCCAGAGAAGGCUCUCAUUCUGGGGUUCAUGGCUGGAUCCAGAGAGAACCCGUGCCCGGAGCAGGGGGACAUCAUCCAGAUCAAGCUGAGCGAGCACACGGAGGUUCUGCCCAAAGCCGACGGCACCGGCAGCACGACCAUGCUGGUCGACACGGUCUUCGAAAUGAACUAUUCGACAGGACAGUGGACCCGCCUCAAGAAAUACAAACCCAUCACCAACACUUCCUGAAGGGACCCAACACGCACAAAAACCCACGCCCCAAAAUUCACACACACACACACUUCACACACACAAAAAAAAAAAAAACACGUUUAUGUACACAAACAUUUGGGCCAAAUGGUUGUCAAGGAGAGAAAGAAUCCUCCCUUUUACCAAAAUGGAGAGCUUCCUUUUUUGUUCCCCCACCCCCUCCUUUCCCUCCUUUACUGUUCGUUUUUAAGUCCGCUCCAGUUGUUGAACGAUGCGGGUUCAGGACGGCCGACGUUACGGCUGGCACCUUUUGAGCGCCGAGGCAAAAGCUGUUUGUAUUCUGUAUUAAAAAAAAUAAUAAUAAUUUUCAGCUUCGGCCCUUCAAGAUUGAAUGUUGUUCACUAAAUCGAGACGUUGUUCUCAUUGCAGGCGACGCAGAAAAGAAAAGAAAAAAACAAACAAAGCACAGGCAGGUAAUUCCUCUCAAUGCCGUCAAGUUGUGUUAGGAGCCUUCUGGUUGGUGUUAAUUAUUUUUCAGCCUUUUUCAAAGGAAGGGAGGAAAAUAAAGAUACAACAGACUCCA